AUGUCUCUAACAUCAAAACUUACCGAAGCACAGAAAGUCGCCAUCCUUUCGGAUAAAUCAGGCCUCGAUCAUGUCCAUCCGGACCCAGAGGAAGACUCAACUUGGAUCGGCGCUUACAGACUUGGUGGAGGCUCCUUUGGUGAAGUCACUACCUGGAUAUGUGUCGAUAGAGCAACUCACAGACCUAUCAAGAGUGUUGCCAUCAAAGAUUCCUUCGACAAGGGCCCUACCGAAGAGAAGGGCGCUUACUCGAAUGUCUACAACAGUCUCGUUGCCAAAGGCUUGGAUUUCGGCGCUGAUCCAAGUGCUGCGCUUGGAAAAGCAAACAUUGACAAGAGGUUCUCCAAGGAAGCCUAUCUCCAAGGCAUCAUGACUGAGCCAUCCUCGAACCAAGAAAUCUACUCCGUACCACUUUUGGGCUACCGAAGGAGACUUGAUAGUGUUCGCCCGGGCUAUAACCACUGGAGAUUAUAUAUGCCCCUCUAUGAGUAUGGUGAUCUGUUCGAACUUAUAGUUGCUCAUCGCGCAAGAGGGAGGGGAAUCCCGGAGCCUUUCAUCUGGCACACUCUUCGCUGCUUGUUGACUGGAGCUGAGCAGUUGACUGAGCAAGUCAGGAAGCGUCAAGGGAGCAAGGAAAAAGACGUCAUCGUCGUUUUCGACAUGAAGCCCGACAACAUACUACUCGCUCCACCGGAUCAAACGUCAACCUUCCCCAUCUACCCAAGGGCUCAUAUCGCUGAUCUUGGAGGCGGAUUCAUAACAAACCCGAAUGAUAUAGACAACAUGACUGGCACCGUCAAAGGCGCGGUAACGACGGGUUACAGACCUCCGGAGAUUAUUAAACCUAGUGUUUUCCAAAACGGACGCUUUGCGAUCGGCGAGUGGACAAACAUCUGGCAGAUUGGAAGAGUCAUCGAAGCAAUGAUGAAGUUGGCCACUUUUAACGAUUUGACCUAUCGCGGUAAUGAUCUGGAACCUCAGAUAGUGACUUGGCAAGGUCACUUCCCUGGGCAGUUUUACUCGCCGCACCUUAAAUCGGCAGUGGCUGCAUGUUUGAGACUCAGGCCAGAUCAACGAGCGACAGCAAGAGCCUUGCUUAACAUAAUCGACAACAAUUCUGGCUGGCGCCUUUAUCUGCGAGACAUGCAUACUUUUGGAAGCGACGCCUGGUUCGAGGAGCAAGAACGACGACAACAACAACAACAAGCCGCACAAGCAGCCACCGCAGCACCAGCCACCGCAGCUCCACCGACGUCCGCUGAUGUCGCAGCGGAACAAGAUGCAUCAUCCAAGAAGCGAAAGCGCAUGGAAGACGCCAACUAUUACCUACGAGCUUGGGGCAGAGAUAAGGCAGCAAAGUUCGACGAGCUAGGAGUACUUCCCAAUGAACAGUAUGACCUCGAGUACCCCGAUCACAAUGUGUUCUGGGCUAAAGACGAUUUCUCGUUCAUUUAUUCGGACGGGAAACCUGUGUAUCCACUGGCUUAUCAG